AGAGCCAUUCUCUCUCUCGCUCUCUCUCUCUCACACUUUCUCUCUCUUUCUCACACUCAUAGACACACACACACACACACACACACACACACACACACACACACACACACACACACUCCUGUAUUUUAUCUGUAUUGUGUGUCAAUUGUCCAGCGAUGUUCCAAAACCAGAAGGUUUGUUCUGAUGCCGUUGAGAUCAGGGACCAUAUGGCUUCUGAAAUCAGUAAUGCGCUACUCCUUGAGGCCCGGCUGAGACCAAUUUCAUCAGCUUACUUCCAUUUGUAUGAACUUUACCAUUGCUGUUGUUUGAGUAAUCCAAUGUAAAGUAUAACUUUACAGUCUGAUAUUGUAUCUGAAAAUAUUGCUGUUAUUGUCAUGUAGGCAGCAAUGGGAGACUCCCACUUUCCUCCAAAAAAAAAGAGGAGAAAGAAGAGUGCAGUCAAAAAAAAGAAAGUGGUCACGAGCCGACUUCAGAAACGUCAGAAAUCACCCAGACGUGCAUCAGCUUCCGUGAACCCAGUGAGUGAGGAAGUCCAGCUCGAAGGAAUUGAAUUGACUGCAAGUCUCGAAACUCGUCUUCAAGAGUUAAGGGGUACCCUUGCCUCUGAAGCUCCAGUGGCAAAAGCAGACAUAACCUGGACACAACAGCAGGUGCUCGCUGGAGUUAGGGCAAAAUUAGCAAGGCCAUUACUCCUAGAUGCCAAACUCUCGGCACAGAGAGCAUUACAGGAAACAUGCCAGAAAUGCCACGAAGAGGAGGCAGUUAUUCGGUGCCUUGAGUUUGUCCCACUGGACUUUGAGUACCUCUGUGGCAAGUGUGACAUAGAGGUCCACAGGAGGCAUGUCUUCCAUGGCAGGGUGGCAAUAUUCCAUGGCUAUCUGGAGCCUAUUCCCCCUACAAAGGCAGUGGUGGUGGAUGGGAAUGGCCAGCCUCAUUUUUCCCAGCAGGUAUGUCAGUUGCCAAUGCCUGCCCAAAGGGUAAUAUGUGGUUGCACUGAAGAGGCUGAGGUUACCACUGGGAGGCAUAUUGCAGUGGUCACUAUAAAUGGGCGAUACGAGAUGUGUUUACCCCGAAAGGUCUGCUCUUGCUGCACAACAGAAUGGACUCCAGGGGUAAAGGACCUUCUACAGUAUAAUUACUGGCCAAGCACUACCAACUGCCAGACUUUAUAUUCGUUUGAUGUUUUUGAGGCAUUUUCAAACAUAAAGUUGGCAGCUCCCUCCCUGUCGAGGCAUGCUUUUUUAAAGCUUCUGGAGCACCAGUCUGUUCGAGGAGGAAGGCCAGGGAAAAUCUGUGCAGAUAUGUUCCAGAGGAGCUACUUUGAAUAUUGCUUAUGCAAGCACACAGAGGACACAAUGUCUGAAGUUGACCCUUUUUGCUGUCCAGCCUGUCAACCUGUUAUGUUGGCAGUAUGCUGUGAUGGCAACCGGAAACAUUAUCGUUUCAAAAAGUCAAGGGGAACUGAGGAACCCUCUUUAUAUGAGGGCUUGUUCAUAGCCAAAGACGAUGAAGUUCUGGCCUUUCAGGAGAAUAUCAGAGGAAGCAGCGGGGCAAGAGCAAAUGACAAUGGGACAUGUGGGGUGUCAAGGUUCAGGGCAAGUAAGGAGGCCUCAAAGAAAUCUUCCUCAAAAAUUGAUGAAGAGGGCAUACAGGUGGCAGUCUGCAGACAUGGGAUAUUAUUGCGAGGACUGAACCACUACCGUGGCGAAAUAUUUGCAUACCCCAUGUUUUUGCAGAAAGAAUUGGGCAAAUGUCACUUUCUUCUGCAUGGAUGUUGUCUGCAGGUACUGGCCCUACCUAAGCAAAGUGGUUGAUGAGUUUCCAGAUCUUCAGCCUUUGAUGCAUAUGAGACCAUUUCUCAGUGUAAUGCACGCCAAAGCACAUACAGCAAAUGCGAGGUACCUGAAAUAAUAAUAAUGCUUUACAUUGCACUUUUAACAUUAAGUAAAAGUGCAAUGAAAUGAAUGGCAAAACACUAUGUUGCAGGUGAGAUGGGGUGGCAGAAAUCAGGAUGGAGCAGGGAACACAGUUGGAGAGGAAGUUGAACAAGUAUGUUAUUACUGUCAUUAUUGAAACGGUGGACAUAGGACUCUUAGGACUCAUUUGCAUCAUGCGAAUGAUGAUGCACAUCUGCAGGGAAUGGGGAGAACAGUUACUCUAUUGCCGCUUGUGAUGGAAAAUCGACAUGUUGUAUUGUUUUGGUCUAUAUGAAUUUAAGUUUUGUUGCUAUUCUGUGUAAUUUUAUAUAGUGUCUGCCUUCUGGGCUCCUUUUGGGUCAUUUAAAGUGUAAACCGUCAAGGGUAGAGUGAUGCAUUUUUAUUGCCUGCCCUUUCCUAUGUUUCUUGUCAUGUAAAUCACCCUCCAUGCAAUCCUUUGAUGUGUGGGCCUGUUUUCUCGACCCCCUGGCUAACGCCAACCAAGCCAGGGGUUUAGAUGACACGGCCGCUACCCCCUCCAAUGGCAUUCCCCACAGCUGCAGUUGUAAAGAUAACCAUCUGGUACACAAAGGCUUUUGGUAUUGGGGGACCACCCCCUAAUAAACCCAAACGAAUAAGAACUCAUUGAUUAGAAGACUCAGUGGACUUUCCUCUAAGCGUGUCUUUAGUAUAUGAAGUAACACGCCGUGAGAGUUUCCAUCUGAGGCCUCAGAUUAUUGUAAUGUAUGCCUGUUAUGUUGUUUGUUGAUGCAUGUUGUGAUGUAUCUUUGUUCGUAUUUUUAUUACAAAUAUAUGACCACUAAUUGUCUACAAGUAUCGUGUGCUUUUUUGCAUCUAAAGAUCUCAUCUGUCUCAGACGCAAUA